AUGAUGCCCUCCCAAUCCUAUACCGAUACAUCCAUGUCACUCCUCCAUUCAGAGCCGCUAUCCUCUCCUCUCGUCUCCAACAGCUUCCUCUACAACCUGCCAGACCCCACCAUCGGCUUGCCCAACUCGGCAAAUGCGAGACUCGACAUCCUCCCAAGUCCCUUCAAGCGUUCAGCCAUCACUUCGCUCAACAAGCCCCUCUCGCAAGAACAGACCCAGCAGCUCAAGACACACAAGGCAAGCUCGGCUCGCGCGGCACAUCAGCUGCCUGCCUCGGCCCCUCGCAGUCCCUCCAAGUCCAAGCUCGGCGUCAUGAGACAACUUGGAGCCAACCUGGACGCUCCAGGAGGACUGCCCACUCCGCCAAGCUCGUCCGAAUUCUUGACCACCACGCCUGGUCCAUCCAACAGAGCUCUUUCCUCUCUUCCGCGCGAGCCGGUUUCGCCUUUGCCGUCUCGUUCACGCACAAGCGUUCUAUCACCUGCUCGAGCAACUCCCACCCGAGCGUCAGCAUCGACAUCCACGCCGCGCGCAAGCCAGCGCAGCUCAGCAGGCCGGUCGCUACGUGCCGGCGACGAGCAGGAUAGCGACGAGGACGACCUCCUAAGAUCUGCUGACAGUCUGGCCUCAAGCCGAAUGAGGUCCUUGCCAGAGGUCGAAGAAGAUAUGGAGGAUGAGGAGGAGGAAGAAGAAGAAGAGGAGGAGGAAGAGAUCCAACUCCUCAGCUUCAAACGAGGAGGUCCUGAUGCUACCUUCAUCCGAGAGAUCAAGGAGAACGGCUGGGAUCAGCCCUUGCCGCAAAGUCCUAUCAAGUUCACCUACCUCGAACCUGAUCCGCCUCGUCCUUCUCGCCAGUCCUCCAUCGGCGCACGCGCACGCUCGCAGUCUCGAUCCAAGACCCCUCAAAUUCGUGCCUCACCUGCCCCCAGCCAGGCAUCAAGAGCUUCCAGUCGUGCUCGCUCCGUGCGAGGUGCCUGUGCAGCUGCUGCCGAGGAGGCCGACGAUAUCUCUGACGAGUCCAUCAAAAGCUCAGGCUCGGCUCUCACCCUCGCCAGCAGGGCGUCUCGAGCUCGGUCCAACAAGUCCUUCUCGAGCAUGAGAUCCAAUAGAUCGUCGGUCGCACCACCUGUUGUCAUCGCCGAUUUGACGCGCGAUCAUCCUUCACUACCCGACUCGCCCGGCGACGACCCUCUGCUACUCACUGGCCCAGACACCUACGUCGUCUACCACGACCAGACACCCAGCGCCAAGAACAGAUCCACGGCGCGCAUCUCCAAGAUGGCAGCCGCUCAGACGGAUGCCAGCUUGACCAUGCACAGCCAUUCGACUCCUCUUCCGGCUGCAGCCGCUGUAUCGUCCCGACGUAGAGACAGCGCCGGCUCCGCUUCCUCAUCUGCCAGCCGGAACUCGCUCUAUACGCGCAUGUCUGGUAAGCCGCCCGUCGAUGUCUCUGUUGGUGCCGCCGAAGAUGACGAGGCAGACGACAGUCAGCGCACGGAGCACGCCGAGGAGAUGUACGACGACGACGACGGGGCCGGUGUCGCCUUCCUGCCAUUCGACGAUGCAGGUUUUGCCUCCGAUUCGGAUCAGGACGAGCCUGUCGCUUUUGAACAUGACACCGCGUCGCCGAGAACACCGCCGCUGGAAGCCGCUCCCGCGGAGCAACAUCUCGAAGACAUCUCGUCGAUGAGCGAUGUCUCGCGCAGCUUUGCCGACGACUCUGCUGUCCACGAGCGAAACCAGGUUAGCGGUCCUGUGGAUAUGUCGGUCUUCAGCGAAGUUGAGGCCUCUGCGGAGGUCGACGACAGCGCUGUGGUUGAUCAGAGUCUGCACGUCGCUCUUGCGGAUCAAAGCAUCGAUGUCAGCGCAGAGACCGAAGAACACGACGAAAGCGUGGAACACGAUGCAAACGAUCAAAGCGGCGUUGAUGGCGAGGGUGAUCAGACAAUGGACACCAGCGGCGCAGACCAGACUGCGGAGGUCAGCGAGGAGGUCAGUGAAGAGUUCAGCGAGGAGGUCAGCGAGGAGCUCGCCAACGAGCGCAGCCAUGACGAGGCUGAUGUCGGCGUCACAGACCCAUCCACAGAGCUCAGCGGCCAAGAGGAGAGCGAAGACGUCAGCGCCGUUGACCAAUCCAUCGCCGACCAAUCCAUCGAAGUGUCCACGGAAGCCAACAUCAACGACAACUCGGCUGUGCUCAGCAACAACGAGCAGAGUCAGGACGUCAGCAGCAGCGUCAAGGAGGCGGUCAUUGACGAGGAUGCUGGUACUGACGCUUCUAUGUCUACCAGCAUCAAUGAAGAGAUCGAUCAGAUCCAUCAGGCGGCCAAGGUCUCAUCCAGCGACGCUCCUCCCGCAAACGACUCGAUCAUUGCCGACAUCACUGUUGACUCCGAAGCAGUGCAAGAUAGCAGGGACGCAGCUGACGACUCGCGAGCGGCGGACGCGUCAAAGGCCUCUGCUAACGUCGAGUCUUUCGAGCAGGAUGCGUCUGUCAAGGCCUCCGCACCAAACGAAACCACGGCCGACGAUUCCAGGGUGGACAUGGACGACUCAGUCGCACGUGAUCAACAGACGUCCGAUGAUCACAGCGUCGUGCAUGAGGGCAACGCCUCGACUCUGCCGGUUGACUCAACUUUCGGCAGCAUCGACUUGGACAUCAGCCUUACAGAAAGCGAACGAGCCUCCGUUCCAGCGGCAGCCAUGGACGGGUCCAUGUUUCCACGGCCCGUGGUGCUGCUCGAGACCUUGCCGGAGGACUCGAGCGCCAUCCUGGCCUGGAAAGCGCACCAGGCACGACGCGAUGACGAUGCGGACGACGAUAUCGAUGGAGACUUCACCUUCGAGAACGAGGCGUCCCGCCGAACUGAACAGAGCGCAGACGCUUCGAUGGCUGAUGCGAGCAGAUCAAUGGCCGAAAACUCUCCUGAAGCCAGAGCUGAGCCCUUGCACGACAGCAACGCGGUACCACGCUCCAAAUCCAUGUCGUCAAUUCUGUCGGCUCAGUCGUCCAUGGGCGCAUCGGAGCAAGAUGAGGACGACGAGGAGGAAGAGGCUCUGCGACGCAAGUAUCAGGACAGCCGCGAGAUCGCGUUGAAUCGCAGAGCGAAUCUGUCUCGUCGGCUCUCGCUCAGCACCGAUUCAGAAGCUGAAAGCGAUGCUGAGGAGCAGCCUUACAACAGCGAGGACGACCUUGAUGACGAGGAAGAUGUCCAGGACGCCGAUGCAAGCUCUCGACAACGCGACGCAUCACACUCUCGAAGUGCACGCAGCGUCGCUGAGGACGAUCAGACCGACGAGCAGGAAGACGAAGAGGACGUGGAGGAGGAAGAGGAGGACGGAAACGAGUCUGCGAUCAGCCACGACGCGGCUUCUAGCGGCGAAGAGCGUGACGAUGAGGAGGAGGAGGACGAAGAAGAGGAGGACGAUCUCGAGGACGAUCUUGAAGAAGAGGGCGACGACUCGCAGCUGGAAGUCGACGAGCAGAGCGGCUCGCUCAUGGACCCUGUCGUCAUCAUUUCCUCCUCCGCCUCCCCUUCCGGCGUUUCGACCUCUGUGCUCGAAUCUGAAGACGAAGAGGAGGAGGAGGCGUAUGUCGUCAAGGUUGUGCGCGAUCCUCGCGACCGGUCUCUUCGCGCCAGCGAGCACAGCGCCUUUGAAGACGAGCCUCAGAUCCACACGCUGCACCUACGACAACCGGCACCUCGUCCCUCAACCACCGCCGACGACACGCACCGCAGCCAAACUCUAGCCGACGCCUCGCACUCUCGCAGCCGAGUCCUCAAGCUCGGGCAACCGACGUCAACCCCCAUUGUCGAAAUCUCCUCCCUCGACCCACGCGCAGCCGCCCGUGCAACGGCGAUCCUCAAGCUCUUCCACAAGUACGUUGACGAGGGCUGGAUCUCGGGCGCUGAGAUGGGCGAUGCGACCGAAGGCAGGAUGCGUCGCGUCGUUGACGCAAUCCAGCGCGCUGAACAGGGCCGCAGACUCGAAGACGAUUCCGAAUCGAUCGCGGCCGAAGACGCAGGUGCAGACCUGACGACGCUGUUGAUGGAUGCAGAGCUCUCGCUAGCACGCGACGGGACAGCGGACACGGAGAGCUUCCUCGGAUCGAGGGCGACGAGCGUUGCUUCGCAGCGACCCGUCACAGCUUCGCCUGCGACGCCGUUCUUGCCUGGCGGAUUCCGGGCUACGCCUGCGUCAGUUCGCCUGGCGGUUGCUGACUCCACAACGGGUGGCGGUCGGAACGCUUCGCCGUCCGUCCUCGCUGCAUCUCGCUCGAUGGCUGCCGACGCCACUUCCACGUCGACCAUCGCCAAUCAGAGCAAGCGAAAACGACCCUCAUCGAGCUUCACCUUUCCUGGCCUGUCCACGCCCGAACGCACGCGUCUUCCUCCCGCCAAACAAGCCCGUCUCUCCGCCGCCCUUGUCCCUCCUACCGCGUCGACGUUCAACCCGCGCAUCUGGGACACGGCUGACUGGGUGCGUCUGGACAAAUACUUCACUUCCGGCGUCAAGACUAUUUCUUCCGCCCUCAUCGCGCGGUCGGGCGCAUCCCGAGCGGUCAAAGCGAGCGCCUAUGCCGACGCCCUACUCGGCGUCGACAUUGCCGAGAUCGCAGAGCUGUUCCUGGACGAGAUGCGUAUCGACAAAACCUCCCGCACUGGCGAGUGGGAGGCGGCCAAGGUGGAAGCGCGCUUGCUGGCGUUGCAGCGAAAGUACUUGCGGAAGGUGGAGAGCAAGUACUCUACAGUGCUGCGGGAUCACGAGGUAGCCAGCAGGGAUGGGGACGAGAGCAUCGCGACGGAGGAUCUGGACUGGAGUCUGAACGCGAACACGACGGCUGCGACGCAGGAGGCUGGGCGUGGGGCAAAAGGACGGGUGUCGUUCGGCACGCCGUACCGCACGGGUGCGCAUAGCACGCCUGCUGCGGGAUUGUUGAAGAAGGCGACCCGUCGGGCUGCCAAGGAGAGAAUUGCACAGGAAGGCUCGUUGUAUCCGCCAUUGCCAACGUCGACCGUGACAGCGACAGAGGAGGGCGUGAUGACCAAAGCGACGCGGCUCAUCUCGCGCCUCAGCGGUGGGUUUGGUGGGCUAUUGGCAAGUCCUCGUCUCGCACCGGGGGAUAAGGGCAAGAGAAAAGCGACAGAGGCCGAACUCGAGAUUUCGUCCGUGGGUGCAACUCGACGUCGAGUGGAUGACUCGGUGGCGGACGAAUCGAUGACGGACACCUCGGAGGGCGAUUCGAUGGUCGAAUCUAUGCUCAGCAGCGUUGGAAUGAGGAGCACGAUCAACGCGUCCCUGAUGACCAACGCCACCUCAAUCCUGCCCGAUACGUCCACUCGCCCGGCUGCCAAGUCGACCGCAACGCAACAGCACACUUCACGCACAACCGCAGCGGUCCGACCUCAGCCCAGCAGCCACCUCAUCGAACGUAGCUCACGCACCACCACGUCGCUUCCACCCCAACCUAGCGCUCACACCGUCGAACAAGCCACCCGUGCCAGCGCUUCAGUUGCACAACCUAGCCGUCGCAACGUCGGAACCUCCAUCACGACCACAUCCAUCCCGCAGACAGCCACUCGGUCGAACCUCGACACCAGUGCAAGAGGGCAGCGAGGGCGAACAAGCCUCACGUCGUCGCUCAACCUGGCGGGCGGAUCAAGUGGUGUCUCGCACACGCCACUUUCCUUGCUCUCGCCCGCCACGCACCGUGUAGCCGCGGCAAAGGUGGAGGCGCUGCGCCAGAGUCGGGCCGAGCGCAACUGGACGAGUCCUCGACGGGCGCAUGCGCGCGUCGCUGCGCGGCCGAGCACCGGUAUCAACUCGACUGCUGGAAUAGGUGGAGGGGACAGCAGUAGCAGUGGAAGGGAUGGGAGUCUAACCUCGACGGCGGGCCGGGCAGCUGCGCGACGACGAUAG